AUGACGACUUCAUCAAUCGUCACCAUGGAGAACUUCAUCCUUAUAAUCACUGCCGUCAUGGGUGGCCUCGUCGCCAACGCUGUUGGCCUUUCAGCCCCCAUCGGUGGCUACGAGAUUGUGAACAUAACCUGGAACAUCCGGCCCAACAUCUCCGGCGCCACCCUGUCAACCUCACUGGAACGGUCCAGGACGUCUAGGACCAGAUCAACAGCACGUGGCCUGGUUUACCCUCUCCCCACAUGGUCUGUGAAGCGUUAUUUCUGGCCCAUCACGGAAGUGGGCAGGGUCAAUAAGGGCAUCGCGUACCUCCGAGAGGUUCCCGACAAGCCAGGCCUGCCGCCUGGUCCGCGCCAGUGUGGUCGGGUCUCCUGCGCGUAG